AGACUGGAGGCUUCAAGCCUGAGCUGUGUUUGUUCCAAAAGAAAGCCAAGAAGGACUGUGUUAAUAAAGAGAGAUUUAACUGAGGGCUGUGCUUGGAAUAAAGUGGGCUACAAAAAGGUCACAUUUGAUCAGUUGGAGCAGAUUACAAGGGCUUUAAAAGGUAGUGGUGGAGAAAUGAAACUGGGACUGUGAAGCAAUAUAGCACAAGAUUGAUUUUGGGGGUGGAGAGAAGCUGGGACAAGUGCUUAUCAGCUCGAGAAGGAGGAAGAGCUGUGCUGGGUUUGUUGUCAUUCCCACACUGAGUAGAGUCCUUGCUGCUGUUGUGCUUAGGCUUCCCUGCCAUUUUCUUUUUUAUUACUAUUUUUAUUUCUAUUAUUGAUACGAUGGUGUCUAUAAUCUCUGACUUGGAUCCUCUGAAAAGCUGGAAAGUUUUAAGGGAGACUGCCACAGAGUUAUCUGGAGCAUUACCAAGUAACGGCACAGCUAACAAGAUGAAUGGAGCUUUGGAUCAUUCAGACCAACCAGACCCAGAUGCCAUUAAGAUGUUUGUUGGACAGAUUCCCCGUUCAUGGUCGGAAAAAGAGUUAAAAGAACUUUUUGAGCCUUACGGAGCUGUCUACCAGAUUAAUGUUCUCCGAGACAGAAGUCAGAACCCUCCCCAAAGUAAAGGUUGUUGUUUCGUAACAUUUUAUACAAGAAAAGCUGCUCUUGAGGCACAGAAUGCACUGCACAAUAUUAAAACUUUACCUGGGAUGCAUCAUCCUAUUCAGAUGAAACCUGCAGAUAGUGAAAAGUCCAAUGCUGUGGAAGACAGAAAAUUGUUCAUAGGAAUGGUUUCGAAGAAGUGUAAUGAGAAUGAUAUCAGGGUGAUGUUUUCUCCGUUUGGCCAGAUAGAAGAAUGCCGAAUCCUUCGGGGACCUGAUGGGCUGAGCAGAGGCUGUGCGUUUGUCACAUUUUCUACAAGGGCAAUGGCACAGAAUGCAAUCAAAGCCAUGCACCAGUCUCAGACCAUGGAGGGCUGCUCUUCGCCAAUCGUGGUGAAAUUUGCUGAUACCCAAAAGGACAAAGAGCAGCGGCGUUUGCAGCAGCAGUUGGCACAGCAGAUGCAACAGCUCAAUACUGCCACUUGGGGAAACCUCACGGGUCUCGGAGGACUCACACCACAAUAUCUAGCUCUUCUGCAGCAAGCAACUUCCUCCAGUAACUUGGGUGCCUUCAGCGGCAUUCAGCAAAUGGCCGGCAUGAACGCUUUACAAUUACAGAAUUUGGCAACUUUAGCAGCUGCAGCAGCCGCCGCCCAAACCUCAGCUACUACCACCAAUGCAAAUCCUCUCUCCACAACGACUGGUGCUCUGGGAGCCCUCACAAGUCCCGUGGCUGCAUCAACUGCUAAUUCCACGGCUGGUGCAGCCAUGAAUUCUUUGACUUCUUUGGGUACUCUCCAAGGACUGGCUGGAGCCACUGUUGGACUGAAUAAUAUUAAUGCACUAGCAGGUACCGUAAACAUUGCUCAAAUGCUCUCAGGUAUGGCGGCCCUGAACGGAGGACUCGGCGCAACAGGCUUGACGAAUGGUACAGCCGGCACAAUGGACGCGCUCACCCAGGCCUACUCAGGAAUCCAGCAGUACGCUGCCGCUGCGCUGCCCACCUUAUACAGCCAGAGCUUGUUGCAGCAGCAAAGCGCCGCGGGCAGCCAGAAGGAAGGUCCAGAAGGGGCAAACCUCUUUAUUUACCACCUCCCCCAGGAAUUUGGAGACCAGGACAUUCUGCAGAUGUUCAUGCCUUUUGGAAAUGUUAUCUCUGCUAAAGUCUUCAUUGACAAACAGACCAAUCUGAGCAAGUGCUUUGGUUUUGUUAGCUAUGACAAUCCAGUCUCUGCACAAGCUGCUAUCCAGGCUAUGAACGGCUUUCAGAUUGGCAUGAAACGCUUGAAGGUUCAGCUGAAACGCUCCAAAAAUGACAGCAAACCUUACUGAUCUUAACCCCAGAUGCUUACUGCUCUUAUUUUAGCUUUCUUAGGGUAAGUCCCAUGAGCAAACCUGUCCUCUGCAGGGGGGUUAAGAGAGAACAUAUAGCCAACCUUCACCAAGAGACAGUUAUUUUUACAGUUACCACUUCCAUUUCCCCACUUGUCCUUAUUACACUUGGCUCACAUUUCCUCGCCAAGUAAUUACUGAGUUGUGUUACUGUAUUUUGUUUUGCAGCAUAAUUUAUCUCCUUUUUAAAAAAAAUAAAAUGUCUUGAAAUUCAAAGCAACACACACACUCUCUCAAAAAAAAAUGUGCAAUUUAACUCUGUGAACCCUGGUGCCAUUAGCACACAAUAAAAGUUGUUUUCUAUGGAUGGAUCCUAUUUUACCAGGGUGGCACCAGCAGUUUAUAGGUUAAAGAAAAUGGCCUCAUGCCAGUUGAAGCACUUAUUUUGCAACAAAAAAAAAACAAAAACAAAAAAAAAUUGAAGCAAGUCUUUCCACUACAUCAACUUGUUUUUUGAGAAGAUUUGAUUUUUGUUGUUUGUUUUUUUUCUCAGUUCAAAACAACGUAUUGUUAUAUAUUAGUCUGAUUUUACACUGGUCGUCUUUAUAUUUCACUUUUUUUUUAAGUUCUUGUUUUUUUGUUUUUUGGGGUUUUUUUUUGUUUGUUUGUUUUUUGAAAGGAUUAAUGUAAAAAAAAUACAAAGAUUUAGAGAUCUGUUUCUAAAGCUACAGGGUUUAAAAUAAAAAAAUAAAAAUAAAAUAAAAAUAAAAUAAAACAAGUGACAAUACUUGAUGUUUCUUGAGAGAUAAAUUUAAUAAUAAUAAUAAAAAAAAGAAAGCCACAGGCCUGUAAAUUUUAUUUGUAAAAAGCAUUUCUAUUUUUAUACAAAAUUUUUACUGCCUCAGAAAUAAUGGAAGUUAUUUAUUGCCUAUUGUUAACUUAUUGGAUACCUAAAGAGCAGCUCUCUAUGCUAGCUAGAUCCUUUGAAGUAGUCUCUAGAGUAAUUGUGCCAAGAAUGGGCGCUUUUUUCAUUGUUGAACCCUACACCCUUUACAGUUCAUGCUUUUAUCCUCUUGUUUGUAUUUGUCUGGUUAUUUUGUUCGUAGUUUCCAUUACCGAGUUUAUAGUUCAGUUGUCUGGCCCUUUUUUUCCCUCCCCGUACCUUUAUGUUACGUUUGUAGAAACUGGUUCUUUCCUCUCCUUUCUCCCCAAAGAUGAAUCCAUUCUCUCUGACUCCUCUCAGAUGGAUUCUUUUGGGGUUCCAUUGUGCCAUUGUUGACAAGUAUUGUAAGUUAAUGCAAAUUGUGCGAACAACUCCUAGACUCUACUGAUAAAAAGAUUUGCAUUAGUUUUCUCCUGCACCCACAAAAGUGAUUUUCUUUGUGCUGCAUAGAUUCUGUGUAACUUUUUUCCUCUUCCUUGUUUUUUCCCUAGACAUCUCCAUGCCCGUUAGCCCAUCGUUUGCCUAGCAUGUCCCUGUGGCGUCUCAAAAAAAAAAGUUUCAUCGUCCCGUCAUUGUUUCUGAUGUCUUUCUGACCUCACAUCACAUUUGGUUCUCCUACUGACCUUUGAUCUAGUUUGACCUUUGAAAUUUGCAUGUGACCUCAUCUAGCUAUGAAUUCUGGGAAGUCAAUGUGAAAACAAAACAUUGCUGCAUUCACGCAAGACUGAAAUUUAUUAUUAGAUAAAUUAACGAUAGGAUUUAAAGACAACCUGUGGCAAAGUGUUUUUUCUUUCUUUCCUUUUUUCUAUUUCUUUUCUCUCUUUGUUUGUUGUAAUUUUUUUUGUUAUUCUUUUUCCUUUGGAUUUCGUUUUUUUUUGUUGUUGUUGUUUUGUUGUUUUUUUGGUUUUUUGUUUGUUUGUUUGUGUUUUUUGUUUUCAUUUCGUAAAAAAAAUAAAAUAAAAUAAAAUAAAAAAACAGACUUGAAAGUAUUAUACAGGGAUUGGCAUUCUGCCUGGUCACUGGUGACAAUAGCAAUAUGUGUCCAGAGGCACAGAAUGUUGGUUUCUAACAGACUACUUCCAAAACAGUUUGAGAAAUAAAACUGUCUGAUUUUAAGUCUCUAGAGGUCUGUAAUAGUUUUUACAUUUUUCAGGCAGUGUAAAGUUUUUUGAUAAGGCCAUUUUAGGUGGCUCACUUUCUCAUUAAAGUAUAUAUAUAGAACCACUUUUUGUAGAUUAGUAUAAGAAAAUAUUUACCCUGUUUUAGGGCAAAUGCUACCUACUUGUGUCACCUUUUGCUGAACUGACUCACAGUUAGACAAUCCAUGGUUUAAUGCACAUGAAAUUACCUAUAUUUUAUACUGUUUCAAUGUACAGAAGAAAGGUUACUGUAAAAUGUGUUACGUUGGUGCUUCUGUGAAUUAAGUUGUGGUUUCAUCAUGAGUCUUAUGGUCUUAAGUGUUCUAUGUUUAUAAAAGACGAGUUUAAAAUUGGUUUACUUGAAGAAGGAGAACAUAAAUGAGAUUCAAAAUAAAUAAAAAAUAAAAAACAAAAAAAAAAGUUGUUUGCUUAAAAAAUAAAAAUAAUUUUAAAAAAAGAAUUUCAUGUGAAAAAAUAAAAAAAAUUACAAAAAAAGUUACAAACUAUUCCAGAAUAAGUUUUGUGUUGGCUUGUGACGCAUUGAUGUCAUUUUUUUAUUGUGGACAAUUUAGAUGUGUUUGUGUUCAGCAAAAUGUGAUCGGUUUUUCUUUUAAAGAAAAAAUAAAAAAAAAAAAGAAAUCAGUGAAACUAUAGUGCCAAAUUCCAAAGGUACUUUCUUCCUAGAGCUUCAGUGUGUUUCUUGUGUGAAGUAAUUUGAUAACAUGGGUAUUUUAUUAUGUGUUUUGUAUAAAUCCCUAAUAUUUAAAGAAAAAAAAAGAGGUUAAAAAGUUUGUUAACUUGCUAUCCUGUGGUCUUGUUGCCUGAAAUUGUUAUUGUUUGUUAUUUCUCUUUGAUGUUUUUUGUAAAACAUUGUACAAGUGCCCAUGUUUCACUUUUUUAACCACUCUGCACACAUCAAUGCUGUGAAAGCAAACCUCACAAUGUAUUUUCUUCAUAUUGUAUGGAAACCUCUAAGGUGAGAAAGUUUUGAACUUUUAACCCUUUCCACCCAGAGCUGUCUUGAGUGUUGAUACCUUUUAUACAUUCACCAUUUUGCUGUUUAUUUUUAUAUAUAUAUAUAUAUAUAUAAAUAUAUAUAUACUUAGUUUUUUGUGGUUUAUUUAAUACAUGGUUGAAAUCAGAACAAUGCACAGGGCAGAUCUGAAGGACAAAAUUAUUUUACUGCUGUCUAAAUUUCUUCUGUAUCUAUAACUAAAAUUAUUUAAAACGAUAAUUAACUUGUGGUUUUCCUUUUUAGAUUUUGGGGAUUUUGUCUUUUUCUUAAAGAGCUUUUAAUAUGCUGCUGGAAUAUGCUAUUCAGUAUUAAUAAAAUAAAAAGAAAAAAUAAAACAAUUCUUUAAUUAUCUAUUGUGUGAACUACUCCCAGAAAGGAGUGGUAAAUCCACCAUUUGAAAACCUUGAGGAGAAAAAGAAAAAAUAAUAAUAAUAAUAGUAUUUUUGUAAUUUAAAUAAAUGAACUUUUGCUUAAAUCAGAUGCACUAGAUCUUCCUGGGUGAAAAUUCAGCGUGCACUGCAGUUAAACUACUUUUUAUGGAUAAAGUUUACAUACACUGUAAUGUUUGAUGUUAUCUGCCAUUACCUGUAACGGCGAUAUAUCGGCUUGCUCCUGCAGACACUCAUGUAGAGAGGAGUAACUUUACUCAACCAGUAGUCCGUGGGAAUACAGUUGUGACUGAUGUGGGUGUUUGCUGGAGGAAGCUGUGUGUAAGGAACCAGAAAAGAGAUGCUGGUUGCCCUUUCACGGCCUUGUAAGUCUAAUAAGAUUGCAUUUCUACCGCACAAGUAGUGACCAACAACCAAAUUCGGUUCUAUGCUACCGGUGUAGUGAAUUUGUUGCCAAUCCAAUGUGUGUGAACAGCAGCACCUGCUAAUGAUGAUAAAGUGCCAUGCCUUCUUCCUAGCUCUAUCUGAUUUUAUUCAAUGCCAUCUCAAUUUAAAAACAAAGCCCUAUUUGAACAACAUCAGCUGGUGCACUCUUGUCUCUCAUCCCCAAAUUAAAUGCUUCUUUAUGUAGAGCCCUGGGAUGGAAAGGACUAGCCUCUAGUGAUGCAAAAAAGUUUCCUUCUUAUAGCACAUGCACUUAUAAAUAAAUGAUCUAUACUUUUCUCACAUGUUUUUACUACUGCUGGGGCCUUCCUACACCCUUUGAGGGCUAUUUUGUACUACUUGCAGCAAUUUUGCAUAUUCAAAGUUAUCAUCUCACGUACGUUAUAUUAUAUAUAUGUACAUAUAUAUAUAAUAUGAGAUCAUCAUUUGGAUUGUUUAGACUGUUUCACUAAUUUUUACUCAUUGUACCCAUCAUAUAAAUUUCCAAAGCUUUGUUAGAUGCCCUGGUGUGUCCUGCAGGUUUACCAGUCCGCUGAGAGCGGUGACAUCUCUGGUCCUUGGGCAGUGCAACUCAGCAUUGGCUGCAGACCCAGGCAGGUGCCCCAAAUUAUGCUACGUGAGAUACUGGCUUAGCAGUGGGAAAGGAAAGACAGUUUGGUAUUUCCAGACAAGUGAGAUGGGUCCAUAUUGAAAUAUUGAUUUUUAUUUUUAUUUUUCAAAAAAUCAGGUACAAAAAUGAAAGGCCAAACAUAUGCCUCUUUGGAGACAAAUUAUCUACCAGUUCUCUUUCAAAAUAUAUUGAAUGGAAAAAGCUGCAAGGGUGCAAGGGCCUAAUAGGAGAGGAAGAAAAACAAGGGAAAUUGCUUUACAAAAUUCUAAUCAGAAUACUAGACUAGUUGCUUUUUUUCCAACAAAUUAGCUGAUUGCAAUGAAAUGGCAGUCCUCAAAGGAGUAACAAGUUCAUCUUUCUUUCACCAUAGGGGUUACAGUUCCUUGGCUUGUGCUACUCUGGAAUCAUUUUACUGUUUCUGUUUUUAUUAUCUUAAGUGCUAAUUAACAAAAAAAAAAAAAUAAAAAAACUAUCCUGUAGUUUCAUUACCUUUUUGGAUAAUGUCAUACAAAAAUGAGGAAAAAAAAAAAGAAAAAAAAAGGAAAAAAAAGACAAAAAAAAGACAAAACUAUGUAUUCGUGUUUUUUUUGUGCUGUGAGAAUUGUUGUUUGUAGAUUAAUGAUACUAUCAUUUUGUUUAGAAUUUCAAACUAGUUUUUAAGUAUUGUCUGAGAAAAGCCAAAGUUAAUGCAAUCUAGUGGAAACUGUAAGACCAUUUGAGUAUUGUUUCUGUUUUAUUGAUGCAUUUGAAUUUUGUUGUUUGAUGGAAUUUGAGCCAAAAAAAAAAAAAAAAAAAAGAAAAAGAAAAAAAAAAGCAAGCUUUCCUAUUUCUACAACCUGAUUGUACUUAACGCAUUUUGUACCAGUGGAACUUUUUAUACUGGAGAUUAAAAAACAAAUGGAAAUUUUUGUGGCUUACUCUCGUGGGCCCCCUCGAUCAUGAGUGAUUUUCAGGUUUGAUUUCUGGAACGGUAGAAAGAGAGUUGGUUUUGUUUAGAGAAUUAAAAACUUUGGCUUGGUUUCUUUUUUUCCCUUUGCUUAUAUCUAGUGUUUAGAAUUUUGUCUUAACAGAAGCGGUAAGUUUCACUUUUUAUUCUGUAUCGUGCAGUUACACAAUAAGGUAAUUAGAAUUAGGAGUACUCGGUCACUUUGCGUGGAUAAAUGUAUUAGUUAAAACGUUAGGGGUUUGCUUUUUUGCUGUUUAGAUCAGAGUUUUUUCUGAUUCUUCUGUCCUCAUUGUGAACAUAACCGUGUAGUUGAAACAGUCAGACUUAUUUUUGUAACGUAUGUUAUUGUGUGAUGCAGUUUUUUGCUUCUGUCUCCAAUAUUAAACCAUUUUCCUAAUACUUGUCUCUCUACUUUGUGUCUUGUAUUGUUGGUGGUCAUUAUGUGUUGGUAAUACAUCUACACACCUCACUGUUUCACGUUCCUGUUUUUAUUUAUUUAUUUAUUUUUUAUUAUUUUAUUUUAUUUCUCCUCUAUUUGUUGGUUGUGUACAAAAGAUACAGUCGAUUCCACCUAAGUGAAUAUCUGAUUGGGGGGGCAAAAGAGGAUUUGUACAUUUUUAGCCAUGUUACGGUUCCUUUGAUUUUCUUCUCUCUCCCCCUCCCCCAAUAGUCAUGUCUUAUCACUUGGAUAAUCUGAGCAGGAAGCACCUUAAAUGAGCUUCCUGCAAAGUCAUACAGAAGACAGCUUUUGUGAGCCUUCUAACCGUAAAAGCUUAUGCACACAAACACACGGAGAAAUCAGAAGCCAUGUGAAAAGCUUUUUGCCGACAUGCCAGUCAGUCUGCAAAAUGCAGAUUAUGGACAUCAAUUCUUCCCAAUCAUUCAAAAAAAAAAACCAAAAAACAACCAAAACAAAACAAAGAUUGUGCCGCCGCUUCUCAGAAGCGUAUGAAACAUUCAAGAAAAGGAGAAUAUAGCCCUGGGAUUCCUUCCGAACUGCACAGUAAUCUGAUGGCAUAUGGUGUUUGUCAAACUCCUUAGCAACUAAUCACAUCUUAACUAGGGCUGUGAGAGCCUGCCGAAGCCCACCAGGUGAACAAGCUUGUUACAUGCAGUUAUACAUAUCGUAAUCUAAAAAAUAAAAUCCAAGUGAGCACAGAGAGACUCUGUUAAAGCCAGUGGGAGAAGAAUAAACAAAACAAAACAAAACUCAACUUCUCCUGUUGUUCGAAUGGGUGAUGAUGUUUUUGCUGUGGGCUUACAAAGCAGCUCAUUCCCAGCACUGGCUAAUAGCAUUACAAAUAUAUAUAUUUGUUUGUAUAUUUAUUUUGUAAAGGUGGCUUUCAACUUUUUUAUUCACUUUUUCAUUUCUUAUAAUCUUUCUUUUUUAUUUUCCUUACGAGAAUCUCUCUGCUCUUCCCCACGUCCGUCACGAUGGAAUAAAAGACACGACAAAUUCUCUGUUGUUCUGGUUUACAAAGUCUCUCUUCUCUCCUCUGUCUGAUCACAAAGUUUAUAAUUUGGAGAGGGAGAAAAAGAUAAUAAAAAAAUAAAAAUUAAAAAAAAAAAAAAAAACAAUAACAAAAACCAAACCCAAGGAGGAGAGAGAAGCACUGACAAGUGCUCUCUGGAAUUCAAGCCAUAUGCCCACAUCCCUUUCCUUUGUCCCAUUUUCUGUGAUGCUCAGGAAACGAAGACCACUUAAAAGUGCUCUUAUGAGACCCAAUGGACACUCCUUCCUCGUGUCUCCUGUCCCCUGGUCCCUCUGGCACUCUGGCUCUGGCUCACACACACACACUGCCCCAGGCACGGGGUAUGGUGCUGGGUGCUCUGUGGUUUGCAGCCAUGACCUUGGCUGCUGUGUUUGGAAGAGUUUUGGAAUUUUUGGGUGGAGAAUUGGCCUGGUUGAUAUUGCUAGAACUAUUUUUUUCUUUCUUUGUAAGGUUGGCAGUUGUUUUUUUUUUUUUAAUUAAAAAAAUACCCCUUUUCUACAGAAGGCAUAGAGGUGAUGAAUCUGGCAUAGAACCUUCUAGCCCAACCGUCAGCCUGACCUGUUGAGUCCCAUCACCAAGCCAUGUCCCUUAGUGUGUCCCAAGCAAGCACAAGUGUAGGGCCUGUUCUCAGGAGUCCAAACUAACACCUUCCCUGCAGCCCUAGGUUUAAUCCAAAACCACAGAGGCCUAUAGAGGACAGGGGAGCAGGACGUGACAGUCAGAUUUUGUGAUCCUGGUUCUGGUUGUGUUGAUGCCAGUGGAUUAAGUUAAGUCUGGAUUUGCAUGAAUGAUAAAUCAGAGUUGAUCUCUGGGGUUUUGUCGUCAUUGCUGUUGUGGAUGUUUUAAUUUAUUUUUAUUUUUUUUCCCCAUACUUGAUGAUUUUAGGAAAGAAAUCCGAGAUUUGUGAGGGGUUCUUCUCCCCAAAAGAAAAACCAAAAAAAGAAAAAAAACUUUUGCCAUAGUUGAGUUUCUUUCAAACACUCAGGGCUGGAAGAGGCAGGUUUUUCUUUUAUUUUUUCUGUCUUUUUUUUUUUUCUUUUUUUUCUCUCUUUUUUUUUUUUUUUUUUUUUGUUAUUUCAACAAUGGGGAAAAAUGAGUUCCUUAAAGCGAUGCAGCUGAACAGUUUGUCCUGCUUAAAUGCAUGCUUUUAAUUUCAAUUAUGUAAGGCACCUUGCAGUGUUAGCAAAAUGUCUCUUUGUUAGCUAUAUGUGUAUCGCCAUGGGAAAUUACCAAACUGUCACCAGACUUGCUGAUUAAAGAAUAGCCUGCCAGAGCGUGUGUGCCUUUGCCCAGUGUGACUCUUAGGUAUUAGGCUAAGGAAAACAGUUUAACAAAAUGUAGUGUGAAUCAUUCCUGAUAAGUGAAUAAAGCAUUGUGACCAAGCAAUCAGAUUAUUCACUUAUCAGGAAUCGACUGUACUGAGAGUUUGCCUGAUUGUUUCUGUUCCUCAUCUCUGUUGUAGUUUCACUACUUUGCUGUGUUCUGUUUUUUCUCUCAUGCUCUUAGCAAAAUCACUGGGAAUAUCCCUUUGUGUGAUCAUGAAACAUGCUACUGAGUAACAAAAAAAAAAAAAAAAAAAA